AUGGACGGCAGUCACGAGACUGAUCCUGGAAUGCAAAUGGGCGGUGCAGAUAAUGAACUCAAUAUACAUUAUGAGCAUUACCAUCAUCAUCAUCAUCAUGAGGUUCAUGGGAUGAGUAAUGGCAGUUUGAUGAACGAUGGUGAAGAGGGCAAUGAUUGCCAUGACAACAAUGGUAAUGGAAGUGACACCGUGCCAGAAGUCGAAGUAGAUCAGGGUAAUCUUUCAGAUUCUCAGGUUAUGAUAGUGGCUGAUCACAGUAUUGAAAAUGGCGAUCAGCUCACUCUUUCGUUUCAGGGUCAAGUUUAUGUUUUUGAUUCUGUCUCACCAGAGAAGGUUCAAGCUGUGCUAUUAUUAUUAGGGGGGCGGGAGGUACCUUUAGGUGCUUCUGCUCUUCCAAUGACCUCUCCUCAGGGUAGUAAGGGCAUGUCUGCUACCCCGGAACGGUUUAGUGUACCACAGAGAUUUGCUUCUCUGCUCAGAUUCCGUGAAAAACGCAAGGAACGUAAUUUUGAUAAGAAAAUCCGAUAUACCGUCCGCAAAGAAGUGGCUCUUAGGAUGCAACGACAUAAAGGCCAAUUCACAUCGGCAAAGGGGAAUAAUGAUGAUUCAGUUACUAGUUGGGGUUCCAGUGAGAGUUGUGGAUCAGACAGUAAUGGUUCGAAGCAUCAGGAGGCCGUUUGUCGGCACUGUGGUACAAGUGAGAAAUCUACUCCAAUGAUGAGGCGUGGACCUGAAGGCCCCAGGACUCUUUGUAAUGCUUGUGGGCUUAUGUGGGCAAACAAGGGAACGCUAAGGGACCUCUCGAAGGCCGCACCCCAGGUUGGACAGAGCACUUCUGCUUUGAACAGGAACCCCGAGGUGAGCGAGACACUCCUUAAAAGGGGCAGACUGGGCAGGUCGAGGCCAGCCAAGGGGGUACUUGAAAUUCCACUCAGACAAUGA